ACCUCACACUCAUCGCAAAGCUUACCUUUUGGCCACGAUCAUCAACAUGGAUUCUUCCGAGCUGUACCAUGUCAAGCAACAAUUUAUCCUCGGCGCCUACAAGACUCUCAUUGGCAUGUCGUUGCCGGAUGCCGAGUCCUCAGAUUUCAUUCCAGUACUCUUAUAUCAAGCUCGCGCCUACAUUGCCUUGAAUGACCCAAAAUCUGCCCUGAAACUACUCCCAAUCGACUCAGAAAAUGUCGCUAUCAAAGCAGUAGCUGCACUGGCACGCUAUGUGGAUACGGAAGAAACAGAGGACAAAGAGUCGGCAUUGGAGGAACUCCGAGAUCUAUCGGUGGAAAUUGAAGGCGACGAUGUCGAAGGGACCGAGCGGGACAAGUCUAUUGUCCGUGUACUUGCUGGUACCGCUUUUGCUAGGACGAGAGAAAUUGAAGAGGCUUUGGAAACGCUAGGAGUCGGGACUGAAGACCUUGAAGCUGUCGCCGUUAUUGUGCAAAUCUACCUAGCCAUCCACCGUCCUGACCUCGCCAAGAAAGAGUUUGAACACUCGAAACGUUGGGCUGAAGAUGACCUGCUGUUGCAGCUCAUCGAAUCAACAAUAAGCCUCGUCACAGGGAAGGACAGCUACUCCGACCCAUUAUCAUUCUACACAGAACAACUUGGCAACCCUUCGCUGUCUUCCCCGCAUAUCCUUACCUCCCGAGGUGUGACGCGCAUACUGCGGGGUGAGAUGUCAGAAGCAAAGUCUGAUCUCGAAGAAUCUCUUGACCAACAAAAAGGUGACGCUGAGACCCUAGCUGCCUACGUUGUGGCGUCUGGGCUUCAGGCACAAGAACCAUGGACAAACCUUCGCGCCGAAGCUCCUUCCCAUCCUCUCGUCAAGGAUGUUGCAUCCAAGGAGGCCUUAUUUGACGAAGCUGCUGCUAAGUUCACGGUUCCAGCAGCAGUGGAGAUUGGAGCUUGAUAGCUUUACUAUAGACUCGGAUAAUCAGCUCUUGUCCGCGACUAAGCUAGAUGUGUAUACAUGGAU